ACAGCCUCAUGGACAACAAAUAUUUCAGAGAUAUUCCAGAGUUUCUGAAGCCCAAGAUAAAAAUUUUGGAAAGUGACUCAGCUGAAGGGUUGUCUGAAGAAUUUGUGAGAUAUACAAGAAGUGAGUCAAAUGAGACAGAAGAAGUAAAGAGGUGGUACUGGCCACUUGUGAAGUGUGUGACUGUCAAAGUGCCAGACAAUGAUUUUCUUGAUCAUGUCACACUCGUGGACCUUCCUGGAAACGGUGACUUUAACAGAAGCAGAGAUCAAAUGUGGAAAGAGUUUAUUGCCAGUUGUUCUACAGUUUGGAUUGUGACUGAAAUGACUCGAGCAGCAUCAGAAAGCGAAGCCUGGGACAUCCUGGAAGGUGCCAGCAGCCUGCUGGGAAAUGGUGGCGAGUGUCAGCAAAUUCAUUUUAUCUGCACCAAGUCAGAUCAUGAAAAACCAGAUGAUAUAAACAAAGUCAAGAAAGCAGUGAUGAAGGAAUUUAAAAAGCGGAAAACGAUUACGAAUCACUUCAGUGAGGAUAGUUUCCAAGUCUUCACAGUGAGCUCCAAAGAGUUCCUCAAAGGGGAGAAUGUAAAUCCAGAUGUCAAUGAAAUACUGAAACUCAAGGAAAUUUUGAAAAAUCUAAAUGACGCUCAUUCAGAGACCUCAAACUAUGUGUCUGGAGCUCAUGGGAUUCUGUCUUUGAUUCAAGGAGCCAAAAGCAGAGAAGUGGUUGAACAAAAAAACGAGGUGUGUGCAGUCCUUGAGGGAAACUUGAGCAUCCAACUUAAUCGAGUCAAAAAAGCAAUUGAAGACAUUACAAAAGCUUUUGAACAACACCUACGUGACGGAGUUGAAAAAUCCCAAAAUUUGUGUGAAAGAAAACUGAAGUCCUUCUUAUACCCCAGUAAAACGAGUGGCGGAGCUUUUCACAUGACGCUAAAGUUUGCAGUUAGGAAUGAUGGCAUCCAGAAACCAAAAAAAGGGAAGCGAAAAGACCUCAACAUGAUAUUAGCGUCUUGUUUGACUGAAAGCAUUGAUGAAAAAUUCAGAAAGACCUUCCCAAACGACCUAAAAUGUGGAAAUUUCAAUGGGGCCAUUGAUGCGUUUUCACUCAGCACUGAUUCACUGAUUGAAAAGUACAAAAAUGUCGAACUGCAACUGACAUUUCUCCAGACCGAGGAAAACAAAAUGAAGACAAAGCUCAACAAAAUCAUCCUCACACAAAAGAAAUUGAUCUACAACAGUCUGACAGAGACAAUCAAGAAUAACAUGAAAGGAUGCUACGAAGAAGCAGCAGCAUUUGAAGGACCAGGCACCCAGAAGAGGAUGAGGGACACUAUUGAGAGACAUGUGGAGUCAAAGAUGGACAUGUUUGAAAAGGCAAAAAAUGCCAUGUUGGAGCAGUUGAACGAUUUGAAGGAAACUGUCCUGAGGACACUGGAGGAAACCAUGGAGGAUUCCAUUGAACACUCACUCAAGACUGAGGCCUGCUUACUGCCAGAUGUUUUGGAAGAUCUUGAGAUGGUGAAGAAACACUGUGAUGAACUUAAUGGCGAUCAAGAUGAAAAAAAGUAACCACACUGGAAACAGCUGAGGCCUGAUAACCCACAGGACAUCCCUGAGGAAACACUGAUUAGAGACACGAGGUCUUUACAUAUUAUCACAGUAAUAUUUGUUUUGCUCUCUUUUAAUGUUGUGUUGAUGUGUACUUUUGACUUUUUAAUGAAUUUUAUACAAAAAGCAUCUUGAAUAUUAUAGAUAUCAAUUAAAACUGCUAAUAUUAAGGUGUUAAUCACGAGUGUCUAAAUCAUGUUUUGAUUUCUUUCUUUUUAAAAAUUUGUUGUAGUUUUUAAUCACUUAUAGCAGAGCGUGAAGACAUGUAAUGCAUUCUCCAUUCAAACCUGAGAUUUAUGGUUUUAAUUGUAAGAGUCUGAGAUUACAAUUUCCAAAAGCAUUUUGAUUUUUUUGCUUGUUUUAAAUAUCAUAAUUUAAUGUUUUAAGUUGACGUGUAUACUGUUGGUUCAUUGGGACGGGAACGUUUAUUUUAAUGUAAGUGUUUAUCAGUUAAACAUUGAGCCUCAUCCAGCACUGAAAAGGUACCAAUUUUACAUCACAGUUCUAAUGACAAAUACUUGUUUGUUGCAGUUAUACAAUAUGUGUACAUGACAAAUAGUGAGAAAUGGCUCUAAGUAAAGCUGUAGGAAAUCAUCAGCUACUUCUGUCAUCUCCCUGCCAUUUUGCUUUUUCUGGGUUUGGAAUUAUUGGUGAAUAUAUUACAGUUUGAGUUUAGGUUCAGGUUGUUUCUUUGUUAUUUUUUGUUACGUUAAAUGUUUAAAAUUUUAAUUACUUCUGUGCAUAUUGUUAAAUUCCUGUUUUGAUUUUUGUCUUCAGUAAUUCUCUCGUGUUUCUUCCACCCACCAUACUUUAUUUCUUCCUGUAACAGUUCAUUCACGUUUAGCAUUUACUGUCAUGUUUCCUGUAACCUUAGUAAUGUCAUUACAAAAAGGUACUAAGGUGCUUCCUUUAUUACACUGGUGAUACAAAGAUAUUUAUAUCUCAUAAUUUUAAGUGACCAUACAGUUGUUGAAGAAAAAGAUGAACCAAACUGAGAUUGUUGCAUAGAGCAUUUAAAUGUUAAUUAAUGCAGCACACUGUGAUGCAGCUAGUAUAUCAUUUAGUUUUCUUGCUUCAUCU